UCAAGCCUUGAGUGUGUCAAGUUAUCGGCGGUUUCAGCUGAUGAGAUUCUCUGUGGAGCAGAUCAAUAACUCAACACAACUCUUGCCCAAUGUGUCUCUGGGCUACAAGAUAUUUGACCACUGCUCAGUUUCCGACAAUUUCCCCGGUAUUUUGGACCUCAUCUCAAACAAGGGAUUGAUCCGACCUUGGAGUGAAGAACGGCUGCUUGUGUCUGCAGCCUCCAAAGUCGUAGGAGUGGUAGGCCCUUUUACAAGCACCGACACGCUGACGAUAGCGCCGCUCUUCAUGAUGGAUCUCAUUCCACUGGUCAGCUACGGCGCUGGCAGCUCGGCCUUUUCCGAAAAAGCAAAAUAUUCAUCUUUCCUUCGCACCGUGCAUUCCAAUCAAGCCAGCAUCAAAAUAAUUGUUGCCAUCAUUAAUCACUUCCAUUGGGAGUGGGUGGCCUUCCUAAACAGCAACGAUGCUUACGGCAAUGACGGUCUGGCGCUCUUCAGGAAGAUGAUUGAAGAUACCGACAUUUGCCUGGCCUUCGCCAUGGAUCUCAAACACAACGCAAAUUACUCUGAAAUGUUCUACCACAUUGAAGUGCAGAGAAUAAAAACCAUUGUAGUUUUUGCACCCAAACUGCUGGCCGAGACUCUCGUCGAGUCGGCGGUACAGUUGGGCGUCACCAACAAGGUGUGGCUGGCGAUUGACACCUGGUCCUUAAGUGAGAAGCUCCCCAAAAUAAAAGGCAUCCAAAAAAUUGGAACUGUACUGGGAGUAUCUCAGCCUGUAGUAAAAAUACCCGGUUUCACAGAAUUUCUUCUUGCGUCCCAAAGCCAAAGUCCUUGUGACAAUGCAGAGGAGCUUCAGUUUUGCAAUCAGAUUUGCAACUGCUCUACGCUGAGCGCACAGGAUAUCAUCUCCGUGGACCCGUCCUACUCGUUUUCUGUUUAUUCCGCCGUAUAUGCCAUCGCUCACGCCUUACACAACGUCUUGAAAUGUGACACGUACAGGUGUCUGGGAAAUAUUUCCGUCUUUCCCCACACGGUUCUGGUGGAGCUGAAGAAGUCCAAUUUCACACUGCUCAACCAGCGCAUACAAUUUGAUGAGCACGGGGACCCCAAUUUUGGAUCUUAUUCCAUCGUUUUCUGGAACAAAAGCGGGGGCAUUGAGGAGAUUGGAGUCUAUGAAUUUCAAUCCUCGCUCAGCUUUGCUAUCAACGACAGUAGAAUUCACUGGCAUGGAGAAUGGGAGGUAGGCAAAGUUCCAACGUCACAAUGCUCUCACAAGUGUCCCGUUGGGUUUGCAAAGAAGCCGGACGGAAUUCACAAGUGUUGCUUCACCUGUGAGGAAUGUCCUAAUGGAACCUAUAUCAACAUCACAGAGGACGCAUACACGUGUGUGGAGUGUAAGGAGACGGAGUGGUCACCAGAAGCCAGCACAUCUUGCACCCUACGAAAAGUGGAGUACGUCUCGUUUGAGGACAGCACUGCUAUUUUGAUCUUGGUGGGAACAUUGCUGCUACUCUUCCUGGGAGUCGCCAUGUGUGUUAUCUUUGCCCUCAACUACAACACGCCAGUCGUCAGGUCCGCCGGCGGCCACAUGUGCUUUCUCAUUUUGGGAUGCCUCAGUCUGAGCAGCCUGAGUAUCGUCUUCUUCUUUGGAAAGCCCUCGGUUUUCUCGUGCGUCUUACGUUUCAUGCCCUUUUUGUUGCUUUUCUCGAUGUGCCUUGCGUGUUUUGUGGUGCGUGCUUUCCAGAUUGUUUGCGUUUUCAAAAUGGCCGCCAAGUUCCCCAAACUAUACGGUUGGUGGGUGAAAUAUCACGGUCAGUGGCUCGUCGUCACAGGGACGUUUUUAACGCAAUGCGUCAUGAAUUCGGUUAGCUUUUGGAUUUCCACCCCCAAGCCGUAUAAUGAGACAACGUGGUCUCCAGACAAAAUUAUCCUGAGCUGUGAAAUCAGUGCCAAGGCGGUCACCGGUCCGACGGUUAUGCUCGUGUCUUUGUGCGCCCUCUGCUUCAUUUUCUCCUAUAUGGGGAAGGACCUCCCCAAAAAUUACAACGAGGCCAAAGCGAUAACCUUCUGCCUGCUCUUGCUGAUCCUCACCUGGAUUAUUUUUGUGACGAUUUGUUUGCUUUAUAGGGGCAAGUUUGUCCAAAGCCUGAAUGCUCUGGCAGUGCUCUCCAGCCUCUACUCCUUCUUCUUGUGGUAUUUCCUCCCAAAAUGUUACAUCAUUAUUUUUCAACCCCACAAAAACACACCACAGUACUUCCAAGGUAUAAUCCAGAAUUAUACCAAAACAAUUAGCCAGUAACACCCAGCAAUGAAUACCGCCUCACAAUAACCAUUGAUUAAUUUGAAACAGUUGCUGUUAUUAUUUUUAUAAUAGACAUUUGGUGUGA